AUGCUCGAGCGCCCGGAGCUCGGGCAGUUGGCGGCGGCGCGGCUGCUGCUUCUACUGCUGUGUUGGCUGCGCGCGUGCCUGGGCGCUGUGCCUCCAGGGUCGCCGCACUUGGUGCUGGUGUUGGCCGACGACCUGGGCUGGAACGACGUGGGCUGGCAUGGCUCGCAGAUCCGCACCCCGAACCUGGACGCGCUGGGGGCGAGCGGCGUGCGCCUGGAGCGCUACUACACGCAGCCCUUGUGCACCCCGUCCCGUAGCCAGCUGCUCACCGGCCGGUACCAGAUCCAUACAGGUUUACAGCAUCAGAUAAUUUGGCCAUGUCAACCCAGCUGUGUCCCACUGGAUGAAAAACUCCUGCCUGAGCUACUUAAAGAAGCAGGAUAUGCUACCCACAUGGUGGGGAAGUGGCAUCUAGGAAUCUAUAGAAAAGAAUGCCUGCCAACCCGCAGAGGUUUUGAUACUUACUUUGGCUACCUUCUUGGAAGUGAAGAUUACUAUUCUCAUGUGCGCUGUGUGCCCAUUGUGUCAAAGAACGUAACCCGAUGUGCCCUUGAUCUUCGAGAUGGAGAAGAAAUUGCAGAUGGAUUUAAAUCCAUGUACUCUACUAAUAUAUUUACAGAAAGAGCUGUGGAUCUUAUAGCAAGCCAUAAAACAGAAAAGCCUCUCUUUCUCUACUUCGCACUGCAAUCUGUCCAUGAGCCUCUUCAAGUACCUGAGAAAUACAUAGAACGAUAUUCUUUUAUCAAAGAUGAAAAGAGGCGCAAAUAUGCAGGAAUGGUAUCCAUUAUGGAUGAAGCUGUAGGAAAUAUAACUACUGCCCUGAAGAGAUUUGGACUUUGGGACAACACUAUUCUCAUAUUUUCUACAGAUAACGGAGGCCAAACUAUGGGAGGUGGAAAUAACUGGCCAUUAAGAGGAAGAAAGUGGACGUUGUGGGAAGGCGGAGUGAGAGGCGUUGGAUUUGUCACAAGCCCAUUACUGAAACAGAAGGGAGUGGAAAGUCAUGCCCUUAUCCACAUUUCCGACUGGCUGCCGACUCUGGUGAAGCUUGCUGGAGGAAGUACAAAUAGUACCAAGCCUUUAGAUGGCUUUGAUGUAUGGGAAACUCUCAGUGAAGGAAAACCAUCACCCAGAAACGAGCUGCUUCAUAACAUAGACCCAAUUUUCGUUGAUCCAUCACCAUGUGCAUAUAGCAACCACAGGGCUUCACUGCAGAGUAAUUAUUUUUCAUGGGCAGAUUCCAUUUUCAAUACCUCCAUACAUGCUGCAAUUCGACAUGGGAGAUGGAAACUACUCACGGGCAAUCCAGGCUGCAGUCACUGGUUUCCACCACCAUCUUUAUUCAACGAAUCGAAGGCUCUGUCAUCUGACCCACCCACAAAGAAACUUUGGCUCUAUGACAUUGAGGCUGAUGCUGAGGAAAGAAAUGACUUGUCAGAACAGUAUCCUGGCAUUGUGGAAAAGCUUCUCAGACGUCUCCAGCGCUACUACAAGAACUCUGUCCCCGUGUUCUAUCCUGAUGAUGAUCCACGAUGUGACCCAGCAGGGACUGGAGCUUGGGGGCCUUGGAUGUAGAAAACCACACAGCAGCCUGAGGAAUAUAUCCAAAGUGCAGCUGCAUAGCCAAUUGCCAUGUUACAUUUUUGUAUGUUGAAUGUAUAUGUCCUCAUAGACAAGUAUACUAAAAUGUUCCAUGGGAAUUAGCCUGUCGACUAGCCUUCUCCAACCUGGCACUCUCCAGAUGUGUUGAGCUACAGCUCCCACAAUCCCAGUAAUGUGCGUUGUAGUCCAACACAUCUGGGAAAGUUUGGAGAAGGAUGCUGUAGACUCAGGGAUACAGACAGCUACUUCUGACCUCAUCCAUUUUACCUCCCUAGCUUCUCCUUCAGUACUGUGGAUUCAGCUUUGACUUAAAAGUUGUUGGGGGUGUGGGGAAUCCAGUUUUACUUUUAAUUGUGCUUGAAGUUCUGUUCAAAUCAUAAAUAUGCCAUUUGGAUGUUAA